GGGAGGGAGCGCGCCCCCGCCCCCCUCCCAGGCCCCCAGUCCUGUCCCGCCGCUGCCGGGGCCCCGUCUUCCCGUCGGCCCCCGUGGGAAGGCCCUAGGUCUCCCCCGCUCAUUCCCCCGGUCGGGGCCGCAGGUGUGAUGGUCGGCUCCCACGCAGACAUGGCGCCGGCCUCUACCACCGAGGGGCCCGGGGAGAAGCCCGGCCCCGCAGCCCCCGCCCCGACGGCCCAGUAUGAGUGUGGGGAGUGCGGCAAGUCGUUCCGCUGGUCAUCCCGGCUCCUGCACCACCAGCGCACGCACACGGGCGAGCGGCCCUACAAGUGCCCCGACUGCCCCAAGGCCUUCAAGGGCUCGUCCGCCCUGCUCUACCACCAGCGGGGCCACACGGGCGAGCGGCCCUACCAGUGCCCCGACUGCCCCAAGGCCUUCAAGCGCUCGUCGCUGCUGCAGAUACACCGCAGCGUGCACACGGGCCUGCGGGCCUUCACGUGCGGCCAGUGCGGCCUGGCCUUCAAGUGGUCCUCGCACUACCAGUACCACCUGCGGCAGCACACGGGCGAGCGGCCCUACCCGUGCCCCGACUGCCCCAAGGCCUUCAAGAACUCGUCCAGCCUGCGGCGCCACCGGCACGUGCACACGGGCGAGCGGCCCUACGCCUGCGGCGUGUGCGGCAAGAGCUUCACGCAGAGCACCAACCUGCGGCAGCACCAGCGCGUGCACACGGGCGAGCGGCCCUUCCGCUGCCCGCUCUGCCCCAAGACCUUCACGCACUCGUCCAACCUGCUGCUGCACCAGCGCACGCACGGCCCCGCCGCCGCCGCCGCCGCCCCGCCGCCGCGCGAGCCCAGCGCCAAGGUCCUGGUGGCCGACGCCUACCUGCACGCGCCCGCGCCCGCGCCGCCGCCGCCGCCCGCGCCCCCGCCCGUCGUGCCCGAGCUCUUUCUGGCCGCGGCCGAGACCACGGUGGAGCUCGUGUACCGCUGCGAGGGCUGCGAGCUGGGCUUCGGCAGCGAGGAGCUGCUCCUGGAGCACCAGCCGUGCCCCGGGCCCGAGGCAGCCACCCCGGCGCCCAAGGCGGACCCCGCCCCGCCGCCCCCCCGGGCCCCGCCGGCGCCGCCGCCGCCGCCCCCGCCUGCCGCCGCCCCGGGCUUCGCCUGCCUGCCGUGCGGGAAGUCCUUCCGGACGGUGGCCGGCCUCUCCCGCCACCAGCACAACCACGGGGCGGCCGGCGGGCAGGCGUUCCGCUGCGGCAGCUGCGACGGCGCCUUCCCGCAGCUGGCCAGCCUCCUGGCGCACCAGCAGUGCCACGUGGAGGAGGCGGCUGCGGGGCGCCCGCCCCCCCAGGCGGAGGCCGCCGAGGUCACCUGUCCCCAGGAGCCCCUGGCCCCCGCGGCCCCCGCCCCGCCCGCGCCCGCGCCGCCUUGUGCCGAGCGGCCCUACAAGUGCGCCGAGUGCGGCAAGGCCUUCAAGGGCUCCUCGGGGCUGCGCUACCACCUGCGGGACCACACGGGCGAGCGGCCCUACCAGUGCGGCGAGUGCGGCAAGGCCUUCAAGCGCUCGUCGCUGCUGGCCAUCCACCAGCGCGUGCACACGGGCCUGCGGGCCUUCACGUGCGGCCAGUGCGGCCUCACCUUCAAGUGGUCCUCGCACUACCAGUACCACCUGCGGCUGCACUCGGGCGAGCGGCCGUACGCGUGCGGGGAGUGCGGCAAGGCCUUCCGGAACACGUCGUGCCUGCGGCGCCACCGGCACGUGCACACGGGCGAGCGGCCGCACGCCUGCGGCGUGUGCGGCAAGAGCUUCGCGCAGACCUCCAACCUGCGGCAGCACCAGCGCGUGCACACGGGCGAGCGGCCCUUCCGCUGCCCGCUCUGCCCCAAGACCUUCACGCACUCGUCCAACCUGCUGCUGCACCAGCGCACGCACUCGGCCGAGCGCCCGUUCGCCUGCCCCGUCUGCGGCCGCAGCUUUGUCAUGGCCGCCUACCUGCAGCGGCACCUGAGGACGCACGCCCCCGCCCCCACGGCCGCCGCCGCCCCCGCCGGCCCCGCCGCCGCCGGCUCCCAGCCCCCCGCCCCGCUGGCUGCCGCCCCGGCCCCAUCCGCCACCCAGGACGUCCACGUUCUCCCGCACCUCCAGGCCACGCUCUCCCUCGAGGUGGCAGGGGGCCCGGCCCCGGCCCCGCCCCCGGGCCAGGCAGCCCCCAACUCCCAGACUUUUCUCCUGGUGCAGACCGCCCAGGGCCUCCAGCUGAUCCCCAGCAGCGUCCAACCCCCUACGCCCCCGCCCCCACCGGCUCCCCCCAAGCUCCUCCUGCUACCCUCCUCCAGCACUGGUGCCGGGAGCAGCCGCGGAAGGCAGGGCCCACGGGCCGCAGGGAAAUCGGGUCAGGGGCCUGGAGUAGUGUGGCUGCCAGGUCCUGGGGGACUGGGGGUUCAGGGAGGGGGCAACGCAGGGGCCAGCGGGGGAGGGCAGAGCCUCAUCGUUCUACAGAAUGUAGGGGGUGGGGAGGCAGGGGCCCAGGAAGUGGGUGGGGUCCAGCUGCAGCCCCUCCGGCCAGCCCCCGAAGUGACCACUGUUCAGCUCCAGCCGGCCCAGGAGGUGACCACGGUCCAGCUCCAGCCGGCUCAGGAAGUGACCACCGUCCAGCUCCAGCCUGUGGCAGGCCCGCUGUCCAAUCCCAGCGGGGGAGCUGUGACCACUGAGGCCCCCAAUCUGCUGGUGGUUCAGAGUGGAACAGCCGAGGAGCUGCUGGCCGGUCCCGGCCCCGGGGAGCCGGGUGAUGGUGAGGCCAGUAGUGGUGUCGUCCAGGAUGUGCUCUUUGAGACGCUGCAGACAGACGAGGGGUUGCAGAGCGUCCUGGUGCUGAGCGGGGCCGAUGGGGAGCAGACCCAGCUGUGUGUGCAGGAGGUGGAGACCCUCCCCCCUGGGCUGGCCGAGCCUCCUGCCCCAGGCCCACCCGGACAGAAACUGCUCAUCAUCCGCAGUGCGCCAGCCGCCGAACUGCUCGAGAAUAGCAGCGGUGGGGGAGGCGCUGCCACGCUGCAGCUCCUGACCCCACCACCACCUGGCCAAGCCUCUGCCCCAGUGGGCAUCUCCGCGGCUCCCCCCUCCCAGAUGGUACAAGUGGUGCCCACCGGCGCUGCACCUGGAGGCAUGACCCCGCAGGGGCUGCCCUCCAUCCAGAUUGUCCAGACUCUGCCCGCAGUCCAGCUGGUGCACACAUUUUGAGUAGAACCCCUGGGUUCUCUUCUGCCCGACACAGAGACCCGGACUCACUGCUUGGGCUGGGCUAGGCUGGGGGGUGGGGGGAGGGGAGCUGCAGGCUGGGCUUGC